AUGGACCAUAAUACCGCCGACCACCGUCCCUCCACCCACAAAUCCGCCUCCACCAACAAAGUUCCCAAACGACUCUCCACCAGCCCCGUCACGCGAUCUGCCUCAUUCCAAGAAUCCUCCCACAACCCAGACGCACCCGCAGAAAAGGAGCUCGAAAACACAAAAGGCGACGAAUACAGCCACCAGCUUCGCAAGGCCUCCACCGAGCUGUUGAAUGAUCACCGGGUCGGACUGGGGUCCAAGGCCGGUCGAACGCUGCAGAAUGUGUUGAUGGACACCGAGCGUCGGUUGAAGGAGCAGCGGCGGGCUUCGCUGCAUCAAGCAGGGAAGGGGAAUCACAAGUGA